ACAUAUACACACCAACUUCCUCGUCACUUCCUUCAUCUUUUUUCUUCCCUCUCCAGCUUGUCUCUUGCAGGCAAGCCACUGAAGAAAGGAAGAACAGAGAAGGGGUUUGGGGUGAAGCAUGGGGAAGCAACAAAUUCAAGUGCUGAAUGCAUUGGACUUGGCAAAAACACAAUGGUACCAUUUUACUGCAAUCAUCAUAGCAGGAAUGGGCUUUUUCACUGAUGCAUAUGACCUCUUCGCAAUUUCCCUCGUCACCAAAUUGCUUGGUCGUAUUUACUACCAUGAACCCAAUUCACUCAAACCUGGGACUCUACCUCCCAACGUGUCAGCUGCAGUUAAUGGCGUGGCCUUCUGCGGUACACUUUCUGGGCAACUCUUCUUUGGCUGGCUGGGCGAUAAGCUCGGCCGAAAAACUGUCUAUGGCAUGACUUUGUUGAUGAUGAUCGUAUGUGCCCUUGGCUCUGGCCUUUCCUUCGGACACACUCCUAAGUCUGUCAUCACGACUCUCUGCUUUUUCCGAUUCUGGCUUGGCUUCGGCAUUGGCGGAGACUACCCACUUUCUGCCACCAUCAUGUCUGAAUACUCUAAUAAGAAGACUCGUGGUGCUUUCAUUGCCGCCGUAUUUGCGAUGCAGGGUUUUGGGAUUUUGGCUGGGGGCUUGUUCGCAAUGAUCAUUUCGGCUGCGUUCAAGUCCAGGUUCGAUGCUCCUCCUUAUCAGGUUGAUCCAACUGGCUCAACGGUUCCUGAAGCAGACUUUGUUUGGAGGAUUAUUCUAAUGGCGGGAUCGGUUCCAGCUUUGUUGACUUAUUAUUGGAGGAUGAAGAUGCCUGAAACUGCUCGUUACACUGCUCUUGUUGCUCAGAAUACAGAGAGAGCAGCGGCUGAUAUGUCCAAGGUUUUGCAGGUGGAGAUUCAAGCUGAGCAGGAGAAAGUUGAGAAGAAAACUACUGAUCAGACAAAGGCCAAGUUGUUUGGAUUGUUUUCUAAGGAGUUCCUGAUUCGUCAUGGCCUUCAUCUGCUUGGAACCUCGAGCACUUGGUUCUUGCUUGACAUCGCUUAUUACAGCCAGAACCUCUUCCAGAAAGAUAUAUUCAGUGCAAUUGGAUGGAUUCCUCCUGCAAAAACCAUGAAUGCCCUCGACGAGCUUUACUCCAUAGCCAAGGCUCAAACUCUGAUUGCUCUGUGCAGUACAAUUCCGGGCUACUGGUUCACUGUGGCUUUAAUUGACAGAAUAGGAAGAUUCACUAUCCAGUUGAUGGGGUUCUUUUUCAUGACGGUGUUCAUGUUUGCUCUGGCCAUUCCUUACCACCACUGGACUCUGAAGGAGAACCGAAUUGGAUUUGUGGUGUUGUACUCUCUGACUUUCUUCUUUGCAAAUUUCGGACCCAAUGCUACGACAUUUGUGGUGCCAGCAGAGAUCUUCCCGGCCAGAUUCAGAUCAACGUGUCAUGGCAUAUCAUCAGCAUCUGGGAAGCUGGGGGCUAUAGUUGGGGCGUUUGGGUUCUUGUAUCUGGCACAAAACAAGGACCCGAGCAAGGUAGAUGCAGGGUACCAUCCUGGCAUUGGGGUAAGAAAUUCCUUGCUUGUGUUGGGCGUGAUUAACGCUUUAGGAUUCUUCCUCACUUUCUUGGUGCCUGAGGCAAAGGGGAAAUCUUUGGAGGAAAUGUCUGGGGAGAAUGAGGAAGAAGACGAAGGCAAGGUGGAGGCAGAGCAACCACAUGGUUACAGUAACAAAACUGUUCCUUGUGCUUAGGUUUUGUUGCUCCUUCAAUAUCAAUCAAUAUUACUACUAAGGGAAUAAAGCUGUAUGCACAGUGAAGGCAGGGGAAGGUCCACAACAUUCCCCUUGUUUAGCCUUCUCUGCUUGUUGUAAUAAUGUUCGAAUGUCAAAAUUAUAUAUAAUGGACCGUGCGAGUCCAAUCAGGUGUUAAUUAGCAUUCAUCGCUCUUCUUAAUCCAGUUACUACCU